GUGUCUGGGGUCUAUAGUUUCCCAGCUGAGGAGGAAGGAAUGAGGCAGGGCUGAAGACGGGACUCUACUGUAGCCUGCAAGAUGAGGAGCCGCAGUAACUCUGGAGUGCGGCUGGACUACUACUACCGCAUUGUGCACCGGACCAUCCUACAGCACCAGCACCCAGUGACGGGACUCUUGCCAGCGAGCUCCAGCAACGAUCAUGCCUGGGUGCGCGACAACAUAUACUCCAUCCUGGCCGUGUGGGGCCUGGCCAUGGCUUACAAGAAAAAUGCUGACCUGGAUGAGGACCGGGCCAAGACUUAUGAGCUGGAGCAGAGCUGCGUGAAAUUGAUGCGAGGGCUCCUGACAUGCAUGAUCCAGCAGAAGGAGAAGGUGGAGAUGUUCAAGCACACUCAGGCGCCCUUGGAUGCCCUUCACGCCAAGUACUCCUCUACCACCGGCCAGAUUGUGGUGCGGGACAAUGAGUGGGGACACUUGCAGAUUGAUGCCACCUCUCUCUUCCUACUGGUGUUGGCCCAGAUGACAGCCUCAGGACUGCAGAUCAUUUUCAACCUGGAUGAGGUCUCCUUUAUUCAGAACCUGGUCUUCUACAUUGAGUCAGCAUAUUGUGUGCCUGACUAUGGAAUCUGGGAGCGUGGAGACAAGACUAACCAUGGCCUGCCAGAGCUGAAUGCUUCCAGCAUUGGCAUGGCCAAGGCUGCCUUGGAGGCCAUGAAUGAGCUGGACCUGUUUGGGGCUAGGGGUGGCCCCACUAGCGUCAUCCAUGUGCUGGCAGAUGAGGCACAGAAAUGUCAGGCCGUGCUGCAGUCUAUGCUGCCGAGAGAAAGUAACAGCAAGGAGGUGGACAGCAGCUUGAUGGCAGUGAUCAGCUUCCCUGCCUUUGCUGUGGAUGACCCGCUGCUAAUCAAGACCACACGCCACACCAUCCAAAGCAAGCUAGAGGGACCAUACGGCUGCAAAAGGUUCCUCCGUGAUGGGUACAAGACUGCCAAGGAGGCACUCUCUCUGUGGGAUGGGUUCAAGACUACCAACGAGGAUCCAACGCGGCUGUACUAUGAGCCUUGGGAGCUGAAGGUGUUUGAGAAGAUUGAGUGUGAGUGGCCGCUCUUCUUCUGCUACUUCAUCCUGGACCACUGCUUCCAGGGCAAAGAGAAUGCCAUCAAGGAGUACUCUGACAGACUGGAAAAGCUGCUGGUCACUACAGAGGACGGGUUGAGACUGGUGCCAGAGAUUUACUCAGUGCCAGGAGACAAGGUGGAGGAGGAGUACAAGAAGCCUGGCUCACAGCAGCGGGAGGUGGCCGGCAAGCUUCCCUUCAAGUGGGCACAGAGCCUCUACAUUGUGGGGCGCCUCCUGCAAGACAACUUCCUGGCCUGUGGUGAGCUGGACCCUCUCAACCGACGCCUGGGCUCAGAGAAGAAGCCAGAUGUGGUGGUGCAGGUGGUGGUGCUGGCUGAGGACUCCUCCAUCCAGGCCAAGCUGAGUGCACUGGACAUCCACGUGCAGACCAUUGCCGAGGUGGCCCCCAUCGAGGUGCAGCCGGCCAGGGUGCUCUCCAAGCUGUACGCACACCUUGGACGCAACCAGAAGCUGGGAUUGUCUGGUCGUCAGAGUCGUGAUGUUGGCAUUCUGUCCACCAGCAAGCUGUACUCCCUCCAGGAUAGGAUAUUUGCCUUCACUCCCCAGUACUUUGAUAACGAGGAAAGUUACCUGUCCAAUGAUGUGGAUCUGGGUGUGUACUUCUUUGGGGUGGCCCUGGACUAUGUAGCCUCCACCUGGAAGGACCUUGGCCGCCCCAUGGUGGUGCUGCGCAUGCGGUCUAAUUACACCGAUGAGGAUGGCAAGAUCCCUCCAUCCAUGAUCUCCACCCUGAAGAAGCUGAACAGCGGCUACAUCAAUGGCACACGAGUGUCCUUAGGGAAGAUGCAGGAGUUCCUCAACACUUCCUGCAUCACCAGCCUCAACUUCCUCAAUGACACAGAGGCUGGGUUCCCAGACAGCCUGAAGAGUGACGUGAAGGAGUACCUGGAGAAGCAGAUGCGAGGCACACUGAGCUGGCGGAGGUCAGAUCUGGUGCGCAUGUCCAACAGAUUCCCAUUCCGCCUAGGAGACCAGAAUUACCCCCAGUUAAGGUUCAGCCAAAGGACAUCCCGAGAUAGAGACGACCCAGUGAGGCGCAAGAUUUCCGGUAUGCUGAGGGGAACCAUCCGCAAGUCUCGCUCUCUCUUCGUGGAUGAUGACAGAGCAGAUGGACUCAUCACUUACCGGAAGGAACCUCUAAUAAGAGUGGCAGUGCGGCACCUCCUCAGGUUCCACUCAGAAGAGGCGCCGCCCAUCGUGUCACGCCGGAGCUCUGUGGCCACCUCCCCCACCUCGGACAUCGGCAUGCCCAUUCUGGAGGUGUCUGUGCCGCCCACCCCCACCCGCGUCACCCCGCCCCUCUCCUCACACUCCCGGUCCCGCUCUCGCUCCCCAUCCCCUGAGAAGGAUUCCGACCUGUGGGAGUCCAUGGUGCGGCACAGGGUGGCAUCUGAUGCAGUGUAUGAGAACGUGGACCUGGAGGAGCUCAUGAUGCAGCUACGGGAGGCCGAGAACCUGGAGGAGCAGGGCGACAUCCUCCACUACCUGGUGGUACAGUUUGGGCUGAACCAUGAGACAGGCUCAGUGAUAGAAGGCCAGGCUGUCACAGUGAAGGAUCUGCUGAAGGAUCUGUAUGAACGUGCCUGUCACAUCAAGCACUGGGCUCUCGUCAGGCACACUGCAGGCAUGCUGGGUAAGAGAGUGGAGGACCUGGCCAAGGCUGUGACAGACCUGCUGGUGCGACAGAAGCAGGUGACGGUGGGGCUGCCUCCACACAAUGAAAUCACCAUCACCGCCCCACUGCCAUCCUCCGAGCUGCGGGUCCUCAUCCACCAAGCUUACGGAGCAGAUGAGUCCACUGCCAUGCUGACCCAGGAGCUCCUCGUGUACCUGGCUAUGUUCAUCCGCACUGAGCCCAGUCUGUUCAAUGAGAUGCUGCGGCUCCGAGUGGGUCUCAUCAUUCAGGUGAUGGCCACAGAGUUGGCUCGGACCAUCAAGUGUGCGGCGGAUGUUGCCUCAGAGCACCUCCUCAACCUGUCCCCCUUUGAGAUGAAGAACCUCCUGCACCACAUCAUGUCUGGCAAAGAGUUCAACAUUGGCUCAGUCUUACGCAAACGUGAAGGAAUCUUCAAUGCACGCAGUGGAACCUUCUUUAUCAGCAGCCGCUCCACCAAGCUGAGCAAGGGAGGUUUGCAUGCAGAGAAGAAGAGUACCAUUGGCAGUUUUCUGGGGCCGGCAGCAGCUGAAGGGAAGAAUGAGGAGCCAGACGAGCGGCACGGGCAAUGGCUGAGGCGGCGCCGGCUGGACGGGGCGCUGAACAGGGUGCCGCGGAACUUCUACCCACAGAUUUGGAAGAUUCUUGGCAAGUGUAAAGGCAUCAACAUUGAAGGCAAGGUGAUCCCUCACAGCCUGACUCAAGAGAUGACAGCAGGAGAACUCAAGUUUGCCCUGGAGGUGGAGACAGUGCUCAACACCAUCCCUCAGCCUGAAUACCGGCAGCUGGUCGUGGAGGCUCUGAUGGUAUUGUCGCUGGUGAGGGAGUACCACAACACGGAUUACCUCGGGGAUAUUGUGUCAGCGCAGGACAUUGUGCAUGUGGCCAAUAACAUCUUCCUCUCAGACCAGAAACAACAAGAUGGAGAUGCAACAACGUGUUGUGCCCGGGAGAAACGAGAGCCUGGUGUUGGCGGCGGCCUGGCCUGUGGAGGUGCAGCAUACAUCUGUCAACACUUCUAUGACAGUGCUCCCUCUGGCAGCUACGGCACCAUGUCCUACAUGAUUCGGGCUGCCACGGCCACUCUCAAUUGCUUCCCUCAGGACGGAGAGUUAGACUGUGCCGUGAGCUGAAUGGCUCAGUGGCGUGAUGGAGGCAGCAAGUGCUGCAAGUACAGAGGCAGGAGUGAAGUUUAUGUUCAGGGGAUGAAUGGUUGUGUUCUUAACAUGUGGAAGGAGGUACAGUACUUCAGGGUCACUUGAAGAUCCAUCAAAACUCUUCCUCCUUACUUCUUGGGAACAUAUCAGGAGUAAGGUUGUAGGAAUAUGUAAAAGUUUUCUUCAUAUCUUCAAUAGACAGUAAGGUCUUAGAAACAUAUGUAGCUUUUAUCACCAUUACCAGUUACCAUCUUUCAGUUGCCAACAGGGUAGAUUAACACCACUGCUAGCUUGUUUCUAUGUCCAUCCACACUUAGUUGCUUUUUUUACAGGCACCGUCUAAGAAAUUUCCUGAAAGUUGCAGGAGUAUGGAGACGGUGAUGUGUGGAGAGUGAAUGAGUGUUUCGGCCGAGUGGAGAGCAUUGGGUGUGCUGCCGUUCCCGGUGUUCAGUCCAUAGAAACUAGAGGGAGGUCUUUCUAUGAAGUAAUGAUAAGGCAUAGGAUUACUCAUGCUUGUGAUAUGCUUUAUAACAAACAAAAAACAUAAACAACAAGAUUCAUCAGCUCGUUCAUCAAUCAUAAAGAGUUACAUAUUUUUAAUCUCGCUGUUGUUUUAAACUCACCUCACUGAUUUCCAACAGCAACAUUACAUUACUCUGUGUCUGUCAUUUGAUCAGACUCUCCUUAUCUACCUAAUUUUUCUGUCCCAUGUACAUCUUGUUGAACUAUGCAAACUGUGAUGUAUUUAUGAUUGUGUUGCCAUGAACUAGAAGACAAUGGUCAGGUUCAGAGGCAGUGAAUGCCCUCGGCAGGUGGUUGAUUCUGUCAUUUCCAGAAGUCUCACAUCUAGUCAAGGUCAAACCACAGGGUGCUUUUAGGAAGAUGUCACGAAUGCAUUUUAGUCGACAACGUGAAGCUUCAUGUGUUUGUUGUAGGUUUGUGGCCAUGUUGGUGAACAAACAGGAUUGACAGUGUAGAGCUACAGACAUGUAGAUGCCAAAAGAGUCUCAGUUUUUGUUGAGUAGAGAAUGUAAACAGAUUAGAUGUAGUAUUGUUACUUUCCCAUCCUUCUUGAAUAAUUUCUUCACUCCUUUGGUGCAAUAUCCCACAUGUAGUGUGCACAAUGCCAUUGGUACAACAGUGCAGAUGUAAGGUAUUAAUCUAUCAGUAUUUUAUCCACUUAGUAAUGUUUGUGGAGGGGAAGCCCAAACUGUACUGUAUUGUUUACUUUCAUCAGCAGCGAUCUCUGUUAUAGUAAUGAUAGAAUGUUAUUUAUUUGUAAUUGUUACAUGUAACUUGAUUUUCAUAGGAAUGAAAUGGUUUUGAAAGGAAAUAAUGUGAGAAUAUCUCUUUAUAAUAUGCAAUAAAAGUGGAUAUUAAUGCAAAUAUAAAUCCACUUUAAAAAUGUUGAUUGUUAAGACUUUGUUGUUAGUCUCUCACAGUGGCAAAGACUUAAGCCUGUACAACUAACUGUCUGUGUAGUGUUUGAGUUUCCAGGCCCCUCCAACUCAGUCCAACAACACAACCACUGACCUUCCAGACAUAAGUGAGACCUUCUGUGUGUGUGUGUGUGUGUGUGUGCUCAUGUAUGCAUGUGUUUGCCACUGAGGAACAAAAGUAAUAUCUCCAGUAGAGUUGCUCAUAGUUAUAAAAUAUCUGAUAAGCAUCACCUCACUAUUUUAAGGUGUUGAUGGUCAUGACAGUCAAACUGUGCCAGGACUGUCUUGUGUUGUGUUAAGUUGACUCAGCCAGAUUUUAACAAACCUAUUCUCAGAAACAGGAACUCUGAGCUUAGAUAUCUCUUUUAGAUAAUAAUUAUAUAGGGUUCAGUGGAGGACUAGAGUAACUUCACAUCGGAAUGACAGAGGACUGCGUGGGUUCAAAAUAUUCCCUUUCUGACAUGACAUGUCUUUUCUCUUCCCCUAUUCCUUUCCUCCAUUGCACAAAGCACAAAUUAGUACAGAUAUAUAUAUAUUUACUAUAUAUAACUUGCAAAAUUGUAUCCCUGGUUUUCCCUUUAUAUUCUUCCCAUUAGCAACCUUUAUGUUAUUGUGGCUUUCUCCUUGAGCUGAUGUCCUAUGCAUAGUUUGCCCAAGCUUCCUGCAUCAGCUUCACACAACGUCUGCAGUGGUCAGGGCAGAGGAUGAUCAGCUAUUCUCCAAGGUUCAGCACAUUUAAAAAGUAAGCUUUGGGUUUUGUAAAGACCCUCUUUAGUCAAACAUAGAAGGUUAAAAGAUAAUAUUUCUGAUGUGAUAUCCCUGUGGAGGAACUCUGACCCUGUGAUUGCCAGUGCCAGUCAAGUUUUCCUUGGUAGUGUUUAUUUCUUUUAUUUGGUGCCACACUGGUGUGUUCUUGCCUUGAGUUUAUAGAUUUAUUUUAUUAGAAGCAGUGAGUGCUUGUGUAUAGAGUUUAUUGCAGCAAGUCUAUUCAAAUUAGCAAUUCAUCAAAUGUCUCAGUUUGAGUGUGUAUAUGUACAUGUUUAUACACACACUUAUGUAAUAUUUAUUUAGAAACUGAAACUGUUAUUAUUAAUAUAUUUUAGUCAAUAAAAACUUGAUUGAAAGUCAUAAUGUAAGUCAACAUCUUUAAUUAUAUAAGAAAUGUUGGCAAAAUAAAAAUAACAUAUCUAA